CGCUCCCCCCCCCCCCCCCCCCCCCCCCUCUUCCCCAUUCCUGGCGCUGGCGGGUCGCGGUCGCGGUCGCGGGCUUUCGAUAGAACCGAAGGAUUCUGGGUUCGGCGAUAUGGGGAUCUCGGGGCGGUUCCUCCUCCUGGCCGUGGCGCUGGUGAUCGCCGCCGGCGCGGUCGCCGCGGAUGAGCAGGCGGCGGCGGACCCGGCGGGGGCCGGGGAGAUCGCGGCGGGCGUCAAGGAGGCCGCCGAGGCGGCCGCGCUCCGGGCGGAGCUGGCGCAGCUCAGGGAGAAGAUCUCCGCCUUAGAGUCGGACAUUGCACAGAGAUCCCAGGACCUGAAGAGCAAGGAUGAUGGCAUAGCGAAGCUGGAGAAGGACAUUGGGGAGAAGUCACAGAAGAUUGCUACUCUGCAGAGUGAGAUCACAUCUCUCCAGAAAAAAGGUUCUGUGGCUGCUGAGGAGCAGGCAGGCAAGGCCAUUGCUCGGGUUGUUGAGCUUGAGGAGCAGAUUGAGAAGCUCAAUAAGGAAAUCGAAGCACAAAGUAGCCAGAGAACAACACUUGAAGCUAGAGCUAACAAGGCUGAGAAGAAGGUGCAAGAUUUGAACUCGAAGCUUGAGUCACUUCAAAAGGCAAAUGGCGAGCAAAAGCGUAUGAUCCAGAAAACGGAGCGUGCUCUUAAAGUUGCUGAGGAGGAAUUGAUGAGGCUGCAAUUAGAAGCAACAACGAAGGCAAAACAGCUGACAGAGGUACAUGGAGCAUGGCUGCCACCUUGGUUGGUGACACAUUCUGCCCAAUAUUUGGAGGUGGUCUCAGGUCACUGGAAUGAGCAUGGAAAACCUGCCAUGGACAUCUUUUUGCAGAAGGCAUCAGAAAAAUCAGCACACGCAAAGAAAUGGGCUGAACCACAUAUCGAGACCGCGAAGCUGAAAUUGGUUCCUGUUAAGGAGAAACUGGCUGUGCUAAAGAAAAACGCAGAACCUUACGUGGAGAAGGCGUCGGCAAAAUCAGUGGAAGUUUAUGAAGCAUCCAGGGAUGCUAUUACACCCCACUUUGUAAAAUUUAAAGAAGUUUCUGAUCCCUACUUCCAGGAAGCUAAGAAGAUCUCUAAACCUUACAUUGAUCAAGUUGCUGAGGUCACGAAGCCACAUGUUGAGAAAGUUAGGAGUACUCUUAAGCCUUAUACUAAAAGAGCAGUUCAUGUGUAUGGAACAUUUCUCGAGUCUGCGACUACAUACCAUCGACAGGCUCAAGCAACCAUUUCAGAUUACUUGCACCAACAUGAAAUAACAAAAUCACUUGUGACUAAGGAGUUGGUUUGGUUCCUGGCUUCUGCUUUGCUGGCUCUACCUGUGUUUAUUAUGUACAGGCUUCUAGUAGAAACCUUCUGCAUGAAGAAGCAGAAGAGAUCGCCUCGUAAUGGUAACGGAAACAAUGGCAAUAGGAGACACAAGCGCCGACAUGCUGAGAAGUAAACCAUCGUCGGCUGCCAUGUAGGGUUGCAGAAAUCAGAGCAUGCUCUUCCCUGAUGAGGCUGUGCUCUCUUGUCCAUGGUAGAAGGAUGGAACGCUGUACACCACCAGAUUUUUUCGUUUUCCUUUUGCCCCCUAUUGUAUGGACUAUAGUUUCAGCAGCGGCCUUAUGUAUCUGCAUCUUGCCGAGGUUUAAUAUGGGCUUAAACCUCGGCGUUUGUUAAUUGUUUAUUGUAACUUUGUUAAUACGCUUGAGUUUGUUUGCAUCGUGCUUGCUAGUUUUUGUUCUUGCUCACCGGCAUCCUAAUUAUACGAUAUACGGUUGUUCUACAAUUUAUGUAAUUAAUCGUACAUGCUAUGAUUUGGUGA